CAGACCCUACCCCCCACUCACUGCCCCAGCCCCACUCCUUGUGCUUUCAGGCCAAACCCAGAAAGAUGGACAAGGAUAGUGAGCUCCCCACCAUCGACAUGUUGCGAGGUCUGCAGAUCUGGGUCAUUGAGAAAAUGAAGAUGGUCGGCAUCCCCGAGAAGGCUUAUGGGAGUUUCUUUGAAGGUGACUGCUACAUCGUCCUGCACAAUAAGAAGAGCAGCCGGGGCCUCUCCAUUGACAUCCAUUACUGGAUAGGCAAGGACUCAGCGGUGGAUGAGCAGGGGGCGGCAGCGGCCUACACAGCCCAGCUGGACAGUCUGCUGGGCGACAUCCCCGUUCAGCACCGCGAGGUCCAGGGCUACGAGUCGGAUGUCUUCAAAAGCUACUUCAAGAGCGGGAUCAUUUACAAGAAGGGGGCCGUGGCCUCUGGCUUCAAGCACCUGGAGACCAACAUGUACAACAUUCAGAGACUCCUGCACAUCAAGGGAAAGAAGCCUGUGUCGGCCACAGAGGUGGACCUCUGCUGGGACAGCUUCAACAAGGGAGACGUCUUCCUCCUGGACCUGGGAAAGGUGCUCAUUCAGUGGAAUGGUCCUGAAGCCAACUUGCCUGAGAAAUCCCGGGGACUAGCCUUGGCCCGGAGCAUCCGGGAUGGGGAGCGGGCCGGCCGUGCCCAGAUCGGGGUGGUGGACGAGGAGCGCAGCUCGGCGGACUUGCUGCAGAUCAUGGAGACGGUGCUGGGGCCGAGGGUUGGCAUGCUCCAGGAUGCUGUCAUCACGGACAAGGUCGAUGAGUUCCAGAAGGCCAACCUGCGGCUCUACCACCUCUACGAAAAGGACGAGGACUUAGUAGUGCAGGAGAUUGCCACCCGGCCUUUGACGCAGGACCUCUUACAGCACGAGGACUGCUACAUCCUGGAUCAAGGGGGCUUCAGGAUCUACGUGUGGCGGGGCCGGGGCUCCAGCAAAGAGGAAAAGAAGGCAGCCUUCAGCCGAGCAGUGGGCUUCAUCCAGGCCAAGGGCUACCCGGCCACAACCAACGUGGAGGUGGUGAAUGAUGGCUUCGAGUCGGCCAUGUUCAAGCAGCUGUUUCAGCAGUGGACUGAGAAGGGCCAGACAGAAGGGCUGGGCCAGACCUACAACCAGGCCAAGACAGCCAAAGUGGAGCCCAUGAAGUUCGACGUGACCCACCUGCAUGGGUGGCCAGAGCUGGCUGCAGAGCAGAGGAUGGUGGAUGACGGCUCAGGGAAGGUGGAGGUGUGGCGGAUCGAGGACUUACACAAGAAGCCUGUUGACCCCAAGAAGUAUGGGCAAUUCUAUGGGGGUGACUGCUACCUGGUGCUCUACACCUACCAAAAAUCUGGGCGGGCCCAGUACAUCAUCUACAUCUGGCAGGGACGACAUGCGUCGGUGGAUGAGGUCACAGCUUCGGCUCUCAAUGCCAUAGAGCUGGACCAUAUGUACCAGGAGGAGCCCACACAGGUGCGGGUGACCAUGGGAAAGGAGCCUCGGCACUUCGUGGCCAUCUUCAAGGGGCGGCUCAUCCUGUUCCAGAAUGGCACUGGCAGGGAUGGCUGUGCGGAUGCCGAGCCAGCCAUCCGGCUGUUCCAGGUGAGGGGCACAGAUGAAUUCAACACCAAGACCGAGGAGGUGCCCGCCCGAGCCUCUUCCCUCAAUUCCAAUGAUGUUUUCCUGCUUGCCACCAGCCAGAUCUGCUACCUGUGGUGUGGGAAGGGCUGCAGCGGGGAUGAGAGGGAGAUGGCUCGAUCAGUAGCAGACAUCAUCUCUCAGACGGACAAGCAGACAGUGUUGGAGGGUCAGGAGCCCCCCAGUUUCUGGGAGGCACUGGGGGGCAGAGCCCCAUACACCAGUGAUAAGAGGGUCCCAGAGAAGGCCUCCUCCCACCAGCCCCGCCUAUUUGAGUGCUCUCAUCACACCGGCCAAUUCAUCAUGACAGAGAUCAUGUUCUUUAGCCAGGAGGAUCUGGGUGAGGAUGACAUCAUGUUACUGGACACCUGGGAAGAGGUCUUCCUGUGGAUUGGGAAAGACUCCAACACAUACGAGAAGAAAGAGUCAGUGGCUAUGGCCCGAGAGUACCUGAAGACCCACCCAGCGGGCAGGGACCCUGCAACCCCCAUUAUUGUGGUCAAGCAGGGCCAUGAGCCCCUCACCUUCACUGGCUGGUUCAGUGCUUGGGACCCCUACAAGUGGAAUAAUGGCAGGUCCUACGAGGAGAUGAAGAACAACCUUGGAGAUAUGUCAGCCAUCUCUGAGAUGACUGUGGAGCUCAACAACAUCAGUCUGCUCCAGUGGCUGUCAGACAGCGGCCCUGCCACCCCGGGGGUCGCAGCCCCUCUGACCCCCAGUGGGCUCCCGGCCAUGGCCCCAGAGGCGCUGAGCCGUGCCCCCAGCUCCAGCUCCAGCAGCCCCAGCACCAGUUACUACAGCGGUAACAGCAAUUACAACAGCAACGACCUGGCCCCCAGCUGCCCCAUGGCAGCCGCCACCCCCACUGCAGUCAGUACCGCCAUGCCCACCAUCCCCAUCCCCGUGGAGCAGUUGAUCAACACUACAGUGGAGGAUCUUCCCGAAGGCGUGGACCCAUCCAGGAAAGAGGGCUAUCUUUCUGAUUCCGACUUCCAAGACAUCUUUGGCAAGUCCAAGGACGAAUUCUACCGGAUGGCCAAAUGGAGACAGCAGAUGGAGAAGAAGCAGCAUGGCUUGUUCUGAGGCAUCCCCGAGAGCGCUCCCCUGCACGCCUCGGCCCCACCCCUGCCCUCUCCCACCUCCUUCAGAACAGCCAUUCCAGCUGAUCGGCCGUGGAGACACUCAUCCUCCCUGGAGUUUGGGGGGCUGAGCAGAGGGGGGGGUCAUCAGCCCUGCUUUUGGGGUGCCCUCAGCAGAGCCAAGAUCAAGAGACUUGUGCUGCCCCCACCACUGCCCC